GGUAUAGUAUUAUUUAUCCAAAAAAGAAACCAUUUUUUUCAGUUUAUUAUUGAUUGUGAUUUUUCUUAGGAGCUUAAAUUUACCAAUUUUAGCACUCAAUUAAGUUAAUUUUUACUGUAAUUGAGGUGAUUUUAGUUCCCAUUGAAGAUAUAUGAAGAUAGGGAAAGUAUUCAAUCAGUUAAUUUUGAUCAUGCUAAUGCUUGUAUCAUUAUGUUGUAUGAUUGUUGUGAUUAUGUCAAUGUUUACGUUACCUGAUUUAUCAACUGGGAAAAUUGUUGAAUCCUCAAAAAUGGAGGGAAGAUAUUCAAAGGGUGAAAAAUUGGGUAAAUUUGGGGAAAUGAUGAUUGAGAUGUUACCUAAUGAUCUUGCAUUUACUGUAUUUGUGCCCUCUGAAAAGGCCUUUGAACGUGAUUUGAGAUUAAGGGCAAAUCAAAGUUUUUCAAGGGAAGAGUGGGAUAAUGUGUAUGCAACUGUUUCUCAUGUACUAGGUUUUUCGGCGAUUCCUCGAAAGAUUUAUGCAGGUUUACUUCCUCGUGGGAAAGAUUUAUCUUAUGAUUCAGUAUCUGGGUUUACAUUGUAUAUUUCUAAGGGUUUUGAUGGUGUUUUGGUUGUUAAUAGGGUUAGGGCGGAACGAAUUGAUAUUAAGAAAGGUAAGGUGGUGGUGCAUAUAAUGGAUGGGGUUAUAAUGGAUGCUGAGUUUGAGCAAUCAGUUCUUCCUAAUGAUGAUGGAGAUCAAAUGACUAUGGAUAUUUAGUUUUGAGAUGAUUAUUGAUUUGGUUUUACCAAUGUAAUGGUUGAUUUUGUUUUUUAGGGUUUUAAAGGGUAUCGAGAUUAUUGGUUGAGGAUACAUCAUACAUGACAUUUGAAGUCUAUAGAGUUAGAGUGAGGCUAAAUGAAGAAACAAUUCAUCGAUAAACCAGUAAGAGGGGGGCGAUUUGGUAGAUCCACUGGGUUUGGGCCCUAAUCCCCUAUACCGAUCUCUCUGUCUUGUUUAGCGAUGAAGAUGUUCUCCAUUUAGUUGUUAUUUUUUAUUUUGAUUCUCGUGUACUUUACAUUACAGAGUUAGUUUAAUGGAAGGAUAAUUGUUAUAGGAUUGUUGAAGAUGGUGAAAUUGGUUGCAUUAGAUAAUUUGGGAGUAGAUGUAUGAUUUUCAGAAGAGUUUUGCUUCACAAUUUGGCUGGGUUGUAGCCUAUACACUCAUAAAAUCGUUUGCAAGUUUUGGAGCCAAUCUGCGGUAGUAGUUCAGCCUAGAGUGGAGAUGAAGAACCCUAAUUCAAGCUCAAACAAAGCAAUGCAUAGGCUUACUAGUUUGUUGUAUGUAACAUUGUACGUAGAAGGCAGAAAAACAGUUGUAAUCUUAGGAACAAAUACAGCAAUUUUGACUGAUACGCCGGAAUACAAAAGCAUUUGAUAUUCAUAUCUUCAA